UUUGGUUCUUCGAAUUCGCGCGCAAUUUGAUGUUGUAUUUUAGAACAGCUUCGUGUAACCAUGAACUUAACACUGUUUAAAUAGCCGUUUAUAAAUAAGGUGGACUCUCCAACGAACUUUGACAUCAUGGACUGAUAUAGGCAGAAUCGACAAGUAGGCUGAAGCACUGAUCGAAUCGUGGCCAACAGCAUCUACGGAACAUUUACAAUGGGGGAUUCGCAUGAAGAGGCUGCAUUGAGUGUUGAGGAGGCUAUACCAAUGGGGAGCGGGGAGGAAUUUAUACCGUACAUCAAGUUCGCGACGUAUGCUCCAACCCCAGAAAAUUUAAAGAUCUUUCAGCGAUACCGACCACCGAGGCCGGAAAAUCCAACACUCGGUUUUGCGUUGAAGCUUCCGCCACUCGGCAAGCCAGCGCAACCAUUUAUUGGCGGCUGGCUUGGGGCGUCAAUGUGUCUAGGAGGAAGUUACGCAGGGUGCUCUCCUGACGUAUACCUCGAUGUGCUAAGGAUUGCAUGCCUGUGUGGUAAACCAGACGUCGUGGAAACUCUACUAGCUCAUAGGACUCAUACUGUCGAACGGGAAAUCGAGAGCCUGGAGCUGCUGGGAGCCGUUAGGAUGUUUUGUGUCAGCACCAUGGACUGGUUCUGUAAUGAGCCCUGGACCACUGCAUUAUGUUGGUCGAAAGCCAUGGAGCUCCGUGCAUCGCUACCCGAGCCUCAAUCUAAACUAUCUUGGCGGAGUCGUCUGAUGCGUUUGCGAGAUGUCCGACCUGUGUCGACGCUGAGUGAACUCAACGAAAUAUGUGAUUCGCCUAGUCAGUUGCUUAUACAAGCGUUUCUUGUACUCGAGCGUAUUCUCGGUCUGCCCUGGACAGUAACGGAACCGCAGGAGGGCUUGGAUUUCAUUGCUGCACGUCUCCUCGAACCAAUGGUGAAAGGAAUCUGUCAUCAGGCAUCAUCCACGGCGCAAGCCCUUGAGUUGCUGGGUUAUCUCAUAGUGUACGUUCCGAAUAAAGUCGCUCACACAUGCCUUUUGAAAGCAAUUAACAAUAUGCUUGCUCCCACAUCAGCCGUGCCUAACUGGCUCACUCUCAUGCAAGAUUGUCAGGACGUCACCCUUCGAGACGCUACUGACUUCCUUAGGUUCUUUUUUAGUCGGCAUCCCACUAGGCAAGGGUACGACUCUGCAUUCUGCCUUCGUCUUGUGUGCUGCAAGCUGGAUGCAGGGAUGCUCAGCGAAGACAAAAUAGCGAAAAAUAUGAUUACGAAAGACGAUCUGAACAUUCUAUUUCACGCUUUAGCAAUAGUGUGGGCUAUGUAUCAACCUGAGCGCGAUCCUCAACUGGAAGCUCUUGCUACGAAACUUUUAGAACUUGGGGCGGCUGUCAAUGAUCCCUGCUGGUUUCGUAUGAAGUGUGCGUUUCAAAUCGUCUGUGGAGUUCUCCAACAAAUUGUAAUGCGUUAUUAUCCCUAUUAAUUCGUCAUGAUUAACAGAUGACAAUUGAUUUUGCUUUAGAUGGUUUUCUAUAUGAAUCUUAUUGUUAAAUGAGUUAUAAUUGAGUCUUGUGAUUCUCCAGAGAAUGUACCCGCGAUUCAAUUACACAACGUUUUGCAUGUAUGAGAAGGAUUCUGUGGUAUUAUAUACUUGAAGUAUUGUGCUUAUUGGGCGUCAGCAAUGAUCCAAUGAACUCUGAACUGUAAUAAAUAUGAAGUGUCUAUAGCUAGUUGGGUCACGGGUCAAAUCAUGGACUCGACAUAUGACGCAAGCAUGAGUUGAGAUUAUGGAUUCGACACAUGGCACAAGCAUGUAAGAGUUUUGGAUCUGAUGUGUUUUUACUGAAUCCUACCAUGUUCUAUAUACUACGGACAUAAUUAUAACCAAAAAACGUUCACUCAUUUGCUUACUAAUUUAUCUAAGGGCUUCAGAGCUCCAGGCGUUUUUGCGGAAUUAGAUUGUUGGCGAAAAUGUCACUUGUGAUUGAUAUUAUUAGAUAAUCGUUCACACUAAAUAAACGAAUUGUGUAACAUCACUUAGAAUAGGAAAGUUUUCUCAUGUCGGAACAUUAGUGCGUUUGAUUUUCAAUCGUACCUCAGCAUGCCUCAGUGAUUUAUUUCUGUAAUCCGAGUUAUUGAACAUAGACGCGUGUUUCACACAAUUUGAAUAUAAGUUAAUCUGUCAUCUUUCUUUACCAACAAGUCGCACUUCACUUAGUUUGCUCAUUGACUGGUUGGCACUAUCAGCCAAUUUUUUUUUGAUACCCCUAGCUAUAUACCUACGUUCAUUACCACAAUAUCCCAUAUGUGCUUUAUGCUGUUUUCUCUAUUAUCAUCAAUACAUUUGGCUAUUGUUAACUUUGUAUGAUUUGCAUAAGUAGUAUGACUUGAAAAAAGAUAGAGUAUUAAACGGAUUUUUAUUUUUCUUACAGUAAAACCGUUGUGUUAAACAACAGUGAGAAUUCUCAUGGGCGAGUAUGCCAAGAGUCAUAUACGUCUUGUACAAUAUAUGCAUAUGUUAGAGCUAUAGAUAGAAAAAGUGAAAAUAAAAAAAUUAUAGUGCGAUGCGGAUUUUGGGGUGUGCUG